ACAACUUCAACUGCGGAUAGGGAUACACACAGGCCAAAGCUGCAGUGGGUGACAUGUUUUGGCUCCUGACUACCAGAGAAAGUGCUACGUCAGCUCCGAUGUCAUGCAGAGUCUUGAGGCUGACUUUGGCGUGGGCCAUGCUGUGCCUUGUUGGAGGAGAGCAGCCGCUGGCGCAGUUGUGGGCUGGACGAGCACCCACAGCACAGGAGCUUGGCCGGCGGCCAUCUCACGAACUCAAGGCAUUGCUGCAAAGCAAAGGCCUGCAUUGCGACGGUUGCGAGAAGGCACAGCUUGUGCAACGAGUCUUGGAGACUUGGGAUGAGGAGGUUUUGGAGGUGUCCUCGCCUGACGGCUCGGUGCGACUGACAAAGGAUGCUUUCAUCAAGGAUCUUAAGAUGACCUACAGGAGGCAGAUGCUGCGGAAGCACGAAGAAGGUGGUCAUGAGUUAGCCGAUGAUGAGGAGGAUAUGGACAGUGUAGACAUUGCAGUUCCAGAUUUUGACAAGGAGUGGCGGGACUUCAGCGUGAAGCUGGCCAAAGGCGAUGUUCAAACAGAACAAAAUGGCCAGAUUGUCUAUGAGGUUGGGCCCACGCCGCCCCCAAGCUUUUGGGACAGGUGGAAGAUGCAUGGACUUAUGGGCAUGAAUAUCACGAUGCUCUUGUGCACGCAGUACCUCAAAAGGUACAAAACUCAGGAACCACAAGAAACAGCAGGGCCCGGGGGCUCCACAGAAGUUGAAGAUGAAGGCGGGGAGGAGGCCAAGAAGCAGGUCAAGAAGAAAAAGGACAGCAAGAAGAAGAGCUAGGUUCGAACAGACCAUGAUUUUGUGCAGCAUAUCAGUUUCACAGCUUUGAGAGACCACCGGCAUCAUUGUGCCCUCCAAGUCUACACGUGUUUCACUUCCCAUGAAUGUGCCGACAGCACUAUUCCAGGCUAAUGCAGUGCGGUAUGCGGAAAUUGUCUUGCUGCGCCCGCAUUUGUGAGAUUUGCUAGGCACUCAUGGGAUACUGCACAUGCGAAUGCGUUCUGUACGGUACGCUCGAUUGUUUCAAGCCACUUAGCAGCUAUGCGCUCAUAAAGAGAGAGAG